AUGUUGAGUCAAGGCCGCAAAUAUAUGAGCAAGCGUAACCGAGCUUGCGACUCCUGUCGGGCGCGGAAAGCAGCAUGCCGCAUCGACAGUGAGCCUCCUUGUUAUCUCUGUACACUCCACAGAAAAGAAUGCACCUUCCAACAUCCCACAAACCGACCGCGGCGAGCUAUUGAGCACACGUCCAACCCAAGUGGGAUCCAAGGAUCAGGAAUCAGCCCAACCGAAGCACAACAUAUGGCUUCACCAUUGGAUGGCUCAAUGGCAUUUGACGCGUUGAUGCCGAGUCACAACGAAGAAAGUGCAAUCCAAACCCCCAGUGGCCCUGGAAAUAUGGAAGGGAUCUUUGGUGAACACCUCACCUCUUUCUCAGGAGGCUUUGGCGACAGGAUGUGGCCUCCAGGAUUUAGCCCAGGAAACUUUGUUUAUCCAUCUCCUGGAAUGCCCGAUUUUCCCUGCCCUGACGACAGUCCAGCAGACAACACGCAGGGAACAAGAGGUGAAGUCUCUCUCGACUCUGAAGAUUCCAGUUCUCCGUUGCUUCUCGGCUGUAGCGGUGACAUGGAUCCGUUUCUUUUACAACAGUACCGCUUUGACUCGUCCGGCAAUUUUCGUUUCAAAAAUCUUGAAAUCCAGUCCGUGAGCCUGGAAGAAUGUCCGGUUCAAUUCCUACUUGCCCAACCAUCAAUAUUUUCCGUUGGCAGGGAAGAGACUGGAUGCGACUACCUACCCGCACAACAGCAGAGAGUUAACCUCGAAACCAUAGUCUCAGCGGACAUCGGACAGUGCUUGAUUGAUCUUUUUGAAAAGAUCGUGAUGCCGCAAUAUCCCAUCCUAAGCUCAUCAAAACAAUUAGACCCACGGUCCAGUCCGCCGCAUCUUCUAGCUAGCGUUUACCUGCUGGCAGAGCCCUUCACCAAAUUUCAUGAAAGACUAUGCAUCGAUCUUGCCUACGAGAAACCCUCUGCGAAAGCGCUAUAUAAAAUAAUCAACGACGCACUUGCAUAUGAGACACAUGCACCAACCAUUCCAACCAUACAGACAAUGCUUCUACUGGUCAUCCGACCUCCUCCCAACCCGAUUGUGCAGGAUAGCGGUUUCAGAUGGGCCCAACUCGGUACACUUGUCUCCUGUGCCCAUUCGUUAGGAUUGCACCUUGAUCCGAAGUCGUGGCGAAUACCACCAUGGCAAAUUUCGCAGCGGAGGCGCCUGUCAUAUUGCGUCUACACGGUCGAUAAAUGGCUUGCGCUCAGUCUUGGCCGUCCACCAUUGCUUAACUCCGAAAACUGGCUUGUGACUACGAUUGAGUCUGCAGACCAGCUCGGUAGCGGCCUAAGUUCCCAUGCAUGGUCGACAGUCCUGAAGCAAUCUGAACUAGAGUCUCUUCUUGACCAAACAAUCACUCAGCUUUACGCACCUCGUGCUGUUCAAAGUUUGUGUACAGACUAUGAGAAGACGCUCGCCGCAGCUGAACCCUUAAUCCAUGAGAUCACCUCAUGGCACCAUCAAAACAACCCCAAUAAGACGGAGCGUAUGCUGGAGAUGAGUUACCAUUAUAUCAAGCUCAGUAUCAUACGCGCAAUUUUCAGGCCAUUCAGUCAGUCCUCGAUAAACCACAAUCAAUCAUCGGAUAUCCUUGUCGUGCGUGAGCAAGCUCGCAUCCGGGCCCAACACAGUAUAUCCGCUGCUGUGGCAUUUGUUCAUGACUUGAGUCCCAAUGAUCUGGAAACACUAUGGCCCGCCUGGGCCGCGACGGCAUUCUCGUCUAUCUGCUUCCAAAUAUUGCUCAUGGCCUUCAUAUCCUUUGACACAGCCGAGGCUACUUCAUGGGUGAACAUCUUACACCAGGUACGCCGAGACAUGCGCCUCAAAGCUGAUGUUCUGCCUUGCCUUCGUCUUGGACUAUUGCGAAUCGACUCAAUAUUUUGGAAAGGUGUAGACAGUGUCUUAAAACUAGACGAACACGUCAGAGAAGCAUUCUUGUAA